CGGCAGAGCGGGGCGGGCGGCAGCGGAGCUCCCUCCUCCGACCGAGCCCCGGGGCACCGGGACCCGACCCCGACAUCCAGCACCGCCGAGCCCCGGAGCGCGGCCGCCGGGGGCCAUGACCGGGCUCCCCCACUGACACCGCCCCCCCCAGCCCCGCAGCGCCUCGGGGUGCUCCGGCCCCACCGCCGCCAUGGGCGACUCCUUCACCGCCGCCUUCCCCAGCGCGCCGGGGCUGCUCUCGCCCUCCGCCAGCCCCCAGGCAUCGCCCGGGCCCUACGGCCCCGACUACGGCCCCUUCGGCCACCCCUUCCCGGCGCCCUCGGGCGCGCAGGAGGUGCUGGGGGCCCCCGUGGUGGUGGCGGCGACCAAGGGGCACCCGUCGGGCGAGUGCCUGCCCCCCGUGUACCCCUCGCUGGAGAUGCCGCAUCCCUACGGCUCCUGGUACAAGGGCGGCCUCGGCGGGGGCCUGCCGGGGGGCUCGGGGCCCGCGGCGCCCUCCUGGUGGGACGUGCACCCCAACGGGGGCUGGUUGGGGGGCCCGGCGGGCGCCGAGGGGCUGCAGGGCUCGCUGCAGGCGCAGCCCGCCCUGAGCCCCCCGCUCCCCGCUUACGGCUCCGACUUCGGCGCUCUGAACCCCCCCCCUUACAGCGGUCCCCCCGCGGCUCCCCCGACCCCAAAACCCAGCGCUGGGGACGCCCCGAAGGGUCCCCGCGGCGCCGGUUCCUUGCCGGGGCGCCCGGCUUGCGACUGCCCCAACUGCCAGGAGCUGGAGCGCUUGGGGGGCCCGGGGGGGGGGUCCCGUCGGAAGCCGGUUCACAGCUGCCACAUCCCGGGCUGCGGGAAGGUCUACGGCAAAGCCUCGCACCUCAAAGCUCACCUGCGCUGGCACACGGGGGAGCGCCCGUUCGUCUGCAACUGGCUCUUCUGCGGCAAGCGCUUCACCCGCUCCGACGAGCUGGAGCGGCACGUCCGGACCCACACCCGCGAGAAGAAGUUCACCUGCCUGCUCUGCAGCAAGCGCUUCACCCGCUCCGACCACCUCAGCAAGCACCAGAAGACCCACGCCGAGCCCGCGGCCCCCAAAGCCGGCCCCGAGCAGCCCCCGGAGGCUUCCCCCCAAGCCCGGCAGCCCCCGGGCUCCCCCGGUAAAGAGACCGGGAGCCCCGAGCCUGGGAACCUGCUGGAGAUUUGAGCCCCGGCCCCAGCCCCAUCGGGGGUAUUUAUUAUGGGGCGCUGCCCCCCCCGCAUCCCCUCCUUAGCGACUAUAAUUUAUGUCUUAAAUUAU